UCAAAUUGUUGUGAUUUCAGCAAAUUUAUUCGUGAACCGUAGUUAAGUGAAUUGUACUUACUCGAGAAAUGAUUGCAUGAACGUAAAUGGAAAAGAAAACAAAAACUUAGUAUGAGUUUUAAAACAGAAAACUCGGAUUCUGUCGUACACAGCGGCAAUAGAUUUGCUAAGCGAUUGAAAAUAUUAGAAUCGUUAAUAUUUCAAAAAGGAGUAACCAAUGGAUUGCUAACAGCAAAAACUUACUUACAAGAAAAAACCGAUAUACUUUCAAAUAUUGAUGGAAAAGCUGUUUCAAUUGAAACACUGUUGGACGCUCUGCUUGUUUUAUACGAUGAAUGCUGCAACUCAUCAUUGAGAAGAGAGAAAACUUUAGCUGAUUUUAUAAAGUUGGUAAAACCAGUGGCUACAUUGUUUAAACAACUACGUUUAUCUAGAGAUGAUUUUGAAACAAUUAAAAUUAUUGGGCGUGGCGCUUUUGGGGAAGUAUGUGUUGUUCGAAUGCUUGCAACGCACCAGAUUUUCGCAAUGAAAACAUUAAACAAAUGGGAAAUGCUUAAACGUGCGGAAACAGCGUGUUUCCGAGAAGAACGCGAUGUUUUAGUGUACGGUGAUAGACAAUGGAUAACAAAUUUGCAUUAUGCUUUUCAGGAUGAUAGCAAUUUGUAUCUUGUAAUGGAUUAUUACUGUGGUGGAGAUUUGUUAACACUUUUAAGCAAAUUUGAAGAUCGGUUGCCCGAGGAUAUGGCGAAAUUUUAUAUUGCUGAGACAAUUUUGGCGAUAGAUAGCAUACAUAAACUCCAAUAUGUACACCGUGACAUAAAACCAGAUAAUUUGGUGCUUGACAUGAAAGGACACAUACGGUUAGCUGAUUUCGGAUCUUGUUUACGAAUCGGGAUGGAUGGAAUGGUCCAAUCAAAUGUAGCCGUGGGUACCCCAGAUUACAUUUCUCCUGAAAUACUUCGAGCAAUGGAAGAUGGUCAGGGUAGAUACGGAGCUGAAUGUGAUUGGUGGUCGCUUGGAGUUUGUAUGUAUGAAAUGUUAUAUGGCGAGACACCAUUUUAUGCCGAGAGUCUUGUUGAAACAUAUGGAAAGAUAAUGAACCAUCAAAACUGUUUCGACUUUCCUGCUGAGGAGACUCUUGAUUAUGUUAUAUCAGAAGAAGCAAAAGAUUUAAUGCAGAAGCUUAUUUGUGCACCUGAAAAUCGGUUAGGUCAAAAUGGUACAGAUGAUUUUAAAAGUCAUCCUUGGUUUGCUGGAUUAGAUUGGGACAAUCUUAGAUAUAGUCAAGCCCCCUACAUACCUGAAGUGUCAAGUCCAACUGAUACAUCAAAUUUUGAUGUUGAUGACACAGAUAUGCAUCUCUCCGACACUGUACCACCAGGAGCCAAUAUUGCCUUUUCUGGUCUUCACUUACCAUUCAUCGGAUUUACUUUUACUCAAUGUAGCUCUUUAUCUGAUUUGGGAAUGGUUGAAAUUAGUUAUAGCCAUACAUUUGUCGACACAGACAAAUCUGUGAAUCCAGAAAUAAUGGAUGAAAAAUGUAAUCUCAUUGAAGAAAUAAAUUGUUUAAAACGGAAAAACUAUGAGCUUGAAAACAAAUUGAAAAACUUAGAAAUUAUUGAAAAGGUAACACCCGAAGAAUGCAACAAUACCGCUUAUUUAGCACGGUUGAAAGAAUUGGAACAAGAAUUGAACGAAGUGAAACGGGAAAAAUGUCUCACAUCCAAAGAGUACGGUGAAGCACUGGAUAGAAUAAAAACUCAAGAAUCCGAAUUAAAUGAUGCCAUAUGCCAACGAAAAUUGGCAAUGAUGGAAUACGCAGAAGUUACCGAUAAAUUAUCCGAAUUACGUUCUCAAAAACAAAAAUUAUCACGACAGGUUCGUGAUAAAGAGGAAGAGCUGGAAUCAGUUAUGAAAAAAAUAGACAAUUUGCGAAAUGAUCUUCGAAAGGCAGAUAAAAAUCGACGGGAACUUGAGCUACGAGUUGAAGAUGCCAUAACUGACAUGGCUAAAGAAAAAAAACAAAGAGAACGCUCUGAAGAAUAUUGUCGCCAGCUACAGUCAGAAUUACGAAGCAAAAGUAAUACAGAUAUGAACUCCGCUUUCCCAGCGAAUGAACCGUUGCGAUACGAAAUUGAAAGAAUUGAGGUACAAUAUUCGGAAAAACUGAAUCAGCAACAAACCCGCUUUAACAUUGAGCUAUCUGAACUGCGAGAGCAGCUUAUGGAAUCCGAGAAGAAUCGGGACUUUUUAAUAAUAGAACUUCAAAAAACUCGUGAAAAAUGCGACUUAAGUAGAUUAGAAUCUCAAAACGACACUGUAGAUACAUUAAGUGAACAGAAAAAAAUGUAUGAGCAAGAGAAGAGUAUCUGGGUGGAAGAAAAACGAAGAUUAAUAUCAGAAAUGGAAAAUCUCAAAGAAUCUAUCAGACAAUUACAAACAAAGCAAAUAGAAGACCAAAAUAAUUGUGAAGAAUUAAGGACAAAGCGACAAGCUAUAAUACAAUGGGAACGACAAAUGUCCGAAAUAAUACAAUGGGUAUCUGAUGAAAAGGAUGCUCGAAGUUACUUACAAGCCUUAGCAACAAAAAUGACUGAGGAGGUUGAAUAUCUAAAACACUCAGGUUCAUUUCAGCAAACCUAUGAAACGAAAAAUUGGCGAAAUAGACGUUCUCAAAAACUUGAUAAGAUGGAGUUAUUAAAUUUGCAAAGUUCACUUCAGGCUGAGAUCCAGGCAAAAACGCUUAUUUCGGAAGAACUUAGUAGGACACGAGCAGAAUUAAUUGCAACUCAGAAGGAUCUACGGGAAAGUCGUAACCGUUGUGAUUCUGCCUUAUAUGAGCUUCAUCAUAAGGAAAAUGAAAUCCGUGAUAUUCAAAAAACAUUAGAAACUUCAGAAGGAUUUCUGGAAAGACCUUCUUCGCAAACUUCUUGUAACUAUUUCUUUAAGGAAUCUACAGGAAAUAUUGAAAUUCCGGAUAUUGAUGCUGAUAGCAAUAUUUCCAGAGAUGUUAUGGGUAGUUCAUUUAAUAAUAAUUUGUCACUCGGAAAUUUAAAACAAACUCAAAACUCCUCUGCAAAUUCAAGUAGUUCGUAUACUAUUCGUUAUCCGCAAAACUCUAAGCUGGAUUCAUUAUAUCCAUAUUAUAUGGUAGAAAAAAAACAUUUUUUAACAACAGACUACAAAAAUGAGCAAGAUAAUAGUGAUUUGGAUGACAUUCACGGCCAUCAUACAGCUACAAAAGUACACCAGUUUUUGGUUAGAACUUUCAGCAGCCCAACAAAAUGUAACCACUGCACUUCACUGAUGGUUGGCCUAACCAGACAGGGUGUCGUAUGUGAGUUUUGUGGUUUUGCCUGCCACACUGUUUGUUGUCAGAAAGUUCCUACAAUAUGCCCUGUGCCAAUCGAUCAAACGAAGCGGCCAUUGGGCAUUGACCCAACUCGAGGGAUUGGUACAGCUUAUGAGGGAUAUGUAAAAGUGCCAAAGAUGGGUGUUAUAAAAAGGGGUUGGGUGCGUCAAUUUGUAGUUGUAUGCGAUUUCAAGUUAUUCUUGUACGAUAUAUCAGCGGAAAGAAGUGCUUUGCCCAGUGUGAAUGUUUCACAAGUUCUAGAUAUGAGAGAUCCAGAAUUUGCUGUUGCCAGUGUUCGAGAGAGUGACGUCAUACAUGCUACAAAGAAAGAUGUGCCAUGUAUAUUUAGGAUUAAGACUUCCUUGAUUGAAGGAGGGUCCACGUGUAAUACCCUAAUGUUGGCAGACAAUGAAACAGAGAAGCGAAAAUGGGUAGUUGCCUUAGGUGAAUUACAUCGCAUACUAAAACGCAAUAAUCUCCCGAAUACAGCAAUAUUUAAAGUACACGAAAUACUAGACAGUUCUCUGACAAUAGUGAGGAGUGCAUUAAGCUCCGUUAUAGUUUACCCUGAUCAGUUUUUAUUGGGAACAGAGGAUGGCUUAUAUUGUAUUAAUCUAGAAGAAUAUGAAAUAAAUCGCAUUGGUGAAAGUAAAAAGAUUAUUCAAAUGUGGUAUGUAGAAGAAGAGCACAUUCUAGUCAUUUUGUGCGGUAAACAAAGGCAUAUACGCUUACUUCCCAUAAGAGCUUUGGAAGUGAGUGACGUGGAGUGGAUAAAAGUUUCAGACUCAAAAAAUUGUAUUGCGGCAUGUACCGGCAUCAUUCGUCGAUCUCCGGUCAAUGUUUAUGCGUUUGUCGUAGCAUUAAAGCGUCCAACCAAUCAAACACAAGUGGUGGUGUAUGAGAUAAAUCGAAACCAUUUAAGGCAUCAAAAAAUGUGUGAAUUCACCGUGGCGUAUCCAGUCCAGAGCCUUCAAAUUUUGUCAGACAUUAGGCUUGUUAUCGGUCAUCAAAGCGGCUUCACUGCCUAUUAUUUACAGGGCGAAGCGACGACUACUUCAUUAAUACAUCCGGAAAAUCAAUUAUGUGCCUUUUUAAAUUAUUCUGGCGUGGAUGCCGUUCGUGUAAUUGAAAUACAGUGUCCCGGGGGAAUAUUCGGAGAAUAUUUAUUGGUGUUUCAAACUUUGGCUAUUUACGUGGAUCUUCAAGGAAGAAAAUCCAGGGAUCGAGAAAUUACAUAUCCAGCUAAUCCAACUCACAUAACGUAUUUGGAUGGACAUUUGCUAGUAUUUUCGGAAACGCAUGUGGACAUUUUCAACACCCAAACCGCAGAUUGGGUGCAGUCAAUUGGACUAAAACGAGCGCAACCGUUAGGACCACAAACAAAUUUCGUUUUGACUUAUGUUAACGAUGCGCCUAUUGUUGUAUAUUUAGCUAACAUACACACAAAAGAACUUAUUCACAUUGGUUCCGCAGAAAAAUCAGGAUCUAAAAAUCCUCGGCGAAGAUUUUCUGUUCGCGAAGUGAACAAGUCAUUUAAAAGCACAAGCGACAGGAGAUCUAAAAUGAUAUCAGCUCCGACAAAUUUUAAUCACAUUUCACAUAUGGGACCGGGAGAUGGAAUUCAAAACCAAAGGCUAUUGGAUCUUCCUACUACUAUAGAAACAGCUGAUCAGAUAAGCAAUCAAUCUUUUAUUAUCCGUCAAUCUUCACUUACACCACACGCUACUGCACGCCAAAUGACAAAUUCACAAAAUGGAAAUCCUCAAAAAGCUCUUACAAUUGAUCAACAGAGAACAAUUGAAUCAGAGCAACAUCAAGCACAAGCUCGCUCUCCAAGUCCUAUUUCUAAUUUGAGCUCACCAAAGGAUUCACCGGACAUAAAGUCUUAUUUGCCGUUUUAAGGUCUUAUAAUGUAUUAUUUUUUGUAUUUAUUUAUUUUAUUUUUCAUUAUAAUAAGUUUUACUAUUUUUUUAAAUAAAUAUGCUCAUACUUAUAUGUAUAUUUAAAAC